CGGUUGGUUAGUCGUUCGGUCAGCCUCUGCGAGUGGAGAUUGCGGUAGGACGUAUCGCGGUUUGUUUUGCAAUUUAAUGAGCGAUUAUUCGGUCAAUUUUCAUCAGUCAAACGGUCUUUCUAUGGCAACGCAUCGCUCGUUUUACCCGGAAGGAAUUAGCGAUCACCCUCGUGAUUAGGGCCGGCUUAAUUAUCCGACUGAAUGGCGCCAAAGAAAUUUUCUCGAAUAAAAUGUUAACGCGUUAAUUGGUUGCAUACGUAGUAAGAUUAUGCAUGGUGUCAGGGAAGCACACCGACAAUAGGAUAAAGAAAAACUGUCCGAUGUUAGAUGAGCCUCAGAGUGGAGUAAAAUGUGUCAUAACAAACGAUAGAUUCGAUUGUCUUAGAAAAGUUGGCGAAGAGCUCAGUGAUCUAACGGUCUUGGGACCCGAAGAUUUAGCCGCAGCUGCAUCGUCGAGAGAAUUUAAUAUUCUAGUCACAAACGAGUUAAAGUUCUUCCCCGAAGAAAAGUACCAGUAUCAAAUUAUCGCACUGUUCCGUACCACUUCGGGCAUUCAAGAUCUGAGAGAUGUUAGGGGAAAGAAAUUUUGCCAUCCUGGUUAUGAAUCCGCCAUUGACUGGACACCAGUACUAGCUACCUACUUUGAGAAUACUAUUAUUGAAAAAGAAUGCGAUCCGAACAAGACGUUAAUCGAGAAUCGCGUCGCAGCAGCAUCAAAGUUUUUCGGAGCUGCCUGCAUGCCUGGUCCCUGGACAACGGAUACGAACCUGGACAGUAAAUUAAAAUCGCGGUACAGAAACCUUUGUGCUAUUUGCGACAAUCCUGCGGGAUGUUAUUCGGAUGAUAAAUAUCAUGGGCGAAUAGGAGCGGUCAUGUGCCUGGCCGAUGGCAUUGGUGACAUUGCUUGGGUUCGAAUAGCCGAUGCACAGGAAUAUUUUCGAACACAAGGUAUAAACAAAGGCGACUACAGGUACUUAUGCUAUGAUGGAACAACACGGUCAAUGCAAACCGAGGAACCAUGUCCGUGGAUAGCAAAACCUUGGCCAGUUGUCGUGACAAACAGUAAUCAAAAUGAGAAGGUCUUCAACCUCAUGAUGACCCUAGAUACCCAGAACGUACCAUGGCAUGGAGCUUUGGUAAGACUUUUAGAAAACUAUCACUUGGCACAGAUAAAUCGCGACGAUUCUGGAACGCCAGGCGAUUAUUUGAGGAGAGUGCCUGGAUUUCUGAGCGCCAAUACCCAUACUCCUUGUAAGCCAUCUCGAACAAUCCAAUGGUGUGUCUCGUCAAACGUUGAACAGAGAAAGUGUAUGUGGCUUCGUCAAGCUCUUUCAGUUUAUGGCGAUGAACCAAACUUAUCUUGCAUCGCACGUACAAGUAGGAUGGCGUGCAUGGAAGCUGUAACACAGCAAGAAGCCGAAUUGUUCGUUAUAAGACCGGACGAAGAACUAGUAGCUAAACAGAAAGGGUUGAAGCGUGUAGUUCAUGUAUUUACAAACAAGAUAGAAGAUAUGAACAAAGUAGCGGCAGUGGUCAGAAGAGAUUCAAAAAUUAACAAUCUGGAGCAGCUCCGAGGAUUGAAGGCCUGUUUCACUGGGUACCAAACCAUUGGAUGGAACGCAUUCGUAUCAAUAAUGAGAAAUAUGUCUGGAAGCAACUGGGAUCCGUUAGACAUAAAAGCCGUGUCAAAUUUUUUCAAAGAAAGUUGUGUUCCGGGAUUGAAAGAAAACUCCUUCAAAAUUCAUACAUUUCCUUCGAAUUUAUAUUCUCUAUGCAAAGAAGGCGCGGAAUACAAAGAUGAAACAAGCGCUUUCAGGUGCCUCGUUAAUGGAGGUGGGGAUGUUGCAUUUAUUAGUGCAGAUACUGUGAAGAAGAACACUGGAAAUCAAAAUCAACAGACUUGGGCUCAUGGUUUGAAAGGUAGCGAUUUCAAACCAAUUUGCUUCAAAGAAUCAGACCCAGAUUCGUGUUUUCUCACUUGGACUACGCUUGGUUCAGUAAUGGUUAAUCAAAACAUAUCGUCGAUAAGAUUUGAAGAAAUAUACUCCACGUUACUUGAGAUGGAUCAAUUAUUUGGAAAAACAUACAAUGGACAGACUCCGGCUUUCUUGUUGUACGGAAGUUACGAUGGAAAUCACAGCAUCAUUUUUCCUGGACUACACUGUGGAAAGCGUUUCAACACGACGGUCUCAUACUUAGGAUUCUUAUCUCCUGCAAGAUUUGCUUCGAUGUUUGUGGUUGAGUCAAUUUGUGGUUCUUCUUCCUCUUCAUUCUCCCAGUUAAGAGACGGAGACGGUGUUGGAGUGGGAAUAAGCGAGCCUGGCGACAGAAUUGACAUCCGUGAUUCCACAGCAAAGCUUUGCGCUCCUUUUUCUGCCAGUAAAAUGUGAUCCGUGUUGUGCAUAACUAAUCGUGCCAAGCUUAUGGGAUGUUCUAUAUCUCGAACAGCACCCACACAUCCAAAUUGAAAACCACUGUCCGUUAUGCCUGCAUCCAUAACAACAUCACCAGUGUAAUCUAAAGAACCACCGAAGGCGCAAUUGAAGUACUUCUGACUUUCCAUGUGGCAAA